AUGUAUAUGCUUAUAUAUGUCGACGACAUUGUUGUGGCCAGCUCAUCCGAUGACGCCGUUAGCAAGUUGAUCGGUGACUUACAACAAGAUUUUGCACUAAAGGACUUGGGUGAUCUUCAUUAUUUCCUUGGUGUUGAGGUUCGGAAGCAAAAGGGUGGUGUGAUUCUUUGUCAAUCAAAAUACAUCAUUGACUUGCUUGCUCGCACCGGAAUGGCUCAGUGUAAGGAAGUCAUUUUUGCAAGUGAGAAGCUAAUAAAAGGAACCAAGAAGGAGCUUUCAGCUGAGGAUAUCACUCGAUAUCAGAGUACAGUUGGGGCGCUUCAGUACUUGAACUUGACAAGACCCGACAUAACCUUUCCAGUAAACAAGGUGUAUCAAUUCAUGCAAGCGCCUACUGAAGAACACUGGUCAGCCGUGAAGAUGAUUCUUCAUUACCUCAAGUACACAGAGGAGACUGGGCUUCAGUUCCACAAGUCUUCCUCCUCAUUCAUCAGCGCAUUUUCAGAUGCUGAUUGGGCCUAG